AUGCCUGAAAGUCAAGGGAAAGACAGCGAAAGCUGCAUCAGCAGCAACAGCUCCAGCACGAGCAAUUCGGUUGCUCACUUCGGACAGUAUCAAUACACAGCAAGUGAGUAUCAAGCUAUCCAGCAUGCUCUUCGUCAGAGACUGGGUCCAGAAUAUAUCAGCAGUCGGCAAGCUGGAGGAGGACAAAAGGUCUGUUACAUUGAGGGUCACAAGGUAAUCAGUCUGGCCAAUGAGAUGUUUGGCUUCAAUGGCUGGGCUCAUUCAGUCACUCAGCAGAAUGUUGACUUUGUCGACCUCAACAAUGGCAGGUUCUAUGUGGGUGUCUGUGCAUUUGUGAAAGUUCAGCUUAAGGAUGGGUCAUACCAUGAAGAUGUGGGGUAUGGAGUCAGUGAAGGCCUGAAGUCUAAGGCCUUGUCCCUAGAAAAGGCAAGAAAGGAGGCAGUAACAGAUGGACUGAAGAGAGCACUCAAGUGCUUUGGGAAUGCUCUGGGGAACUGCAUCCUAGACAAAGACUACCUACGAGCCGUGAAUAAGCUUCCGCGUCAGAUAACCCCUGAGUUAGAUUUGGUUAAAGCUAAAAGACAGGACUACGAGCCUGAAAUAGAGAAAGCAAGAUACAGUAGCUGCUUGGAAAGGCAGAACGCAGGAGGGAGACAACAUUGUGAGAUGGCAUCUAACUAUAAGCCUGGUCAGGCAGAGGCUGCUGCCAUGACAGCAGAGCAGAAACAGCCAAAUAGUUCCAGAGAUACAGACUCCUUCGCUAUCAAGUGUGAUGCCACUUACCAGCGGAAAUUGCGACAAAAGCAGCUACAGCAACAGUUCCGGGAACAGAUGGAGAAAAAGCAUCAGGUUCCGGUGGUGGCUCCUAGCAGCAAGCAGGCAACAUCCGAUCCUCCUGUGAAGCACAGUACUCCAGCAGCAGUACAACAGGAGCUAGCGAUAGAAGAGGAGUUCUUUGCAGAUGAUCCUGAACUUUGGGAUGUUUCCUUGGAGACCAUUGAUCUUAAGAUAAUGGAUCACAAAACGGCAGACCCAUCAGCUGGACACCAGGCACCUGAAACGCCCCAUGGACAUCAACAUCAUCAAAUGACUGCUCGAAACAAGACCCCUCACAGAAUGAAUUACCACAAAGCUUCCGCUAGACUUGCACAACUGCAGCCAUCUGCUACGAUCAUGAGCAACAGCAGCUGUGCCAACCAGCACACCCCAGCGUGCAGCCCCCACAGGAGAAGUCAAAGCUUGAAGAAAAGGAGGCUAGAACCCACAUAA